AUGUACAGACCUAGUGACCAUGGGGACUGGGGCGAUCGUACUAUGUGGCAAAGAGGACAGUGUCUGAACUGUAGGGAGGCAACGGAGGCGGCGCUUGAUGUGGUAGAGAAGUGUAGGAAGGAUGUUAGGGUGGAAGGGGUAUGGGAGAUGGAAGAACUCUUUACGCUCACGCAGUUAAUCGUGGAGAAGGUGAAGAGGGCUCGGAGUUAUGAAUUGGAGGAAGGGAAGGGUGAUUGUAAGUUGCAGGGUGGAUAUACGGCGUGGGGUGGGAAUAUAUGCUCGGGUAUUGAUGAGGAUGAAGGCGAGCGCAGCCUACCUUCAGAGCUUCAGUAG